ACGCGAGCGCGAGCGUAUUUCACGAAAAACGAAAUGCUGGUCAGUUGUUCCUUUGCUGAAAGAAAGACGCACGGACAGUUAUAGCCGGAAACUGUCUGUUUCUUAAUUUUACGUCCAAGAUGUUGCUUUUGCUAGCGUCAAUGUCCUGCAUUAUUCAGCAUUCCUUUGGCUAUAACAUAGAGACAGAAUUACCAGUCAUUAGGCGAGGGGACGCGGGCAGCUAUUUUGGAUUUUCGGUCGCGAACCAUGCAUUUGAACAGUUCCUUGACCAGAAGAAUCAGUCUUGGCUUCUUGUCGGUGCGCCAAAAGCGAAUAACUCGGCCGUGCCAGAAAUUGCUAGUCCCGGCGUUGUGUACCGAUGUGAUUUUAGGAAUGAUCAAGGUUGUGAAGAAGUUCCAUUUGACAAGAAGGGUAACACUGCUGGAGAUAGAAAGGACAAUGCAUGGUUUGGAGUUUCUGUUAUCAGUUCAGGGUACAAUGGUUAUGUAAUGGCAUGCACUCAUCGAUUACUCCACAUAGAAGGUUCAUUUUAUACAUAUCCCGGUCGAUGCAUUGGAACGGCAAGCCUUGAGGGGAAUAUCUUAAGAACGAUAAACUAUGAAACCUGUGAACAGAAAAAUCAAAAUAAAGCUAAUCGAGGAGGUCCAGAUACAAUCAAUUAUAAAGAGCAUAAAUAUUGUCAAAUGGGGGUUGCUGCUUCUUUUUUAAAGGUGAGCUACAAUCCAUAAGUCAGAGUAGAAUUUUUUUAAUUGAAUUUGAACUGUGGAGUAUUUUGGUUUGGUGAAAAUUGCUGUUGGUUCAGACCCAGAAGUUCUUCCUUCCCUUUUUCUCUCCCACUUUUCCUACCACCCACCCUGCUGAUUUUCCUCCCUCCCUUUCAUUCUUUUUCUCCCCUUACCUCCUUAUGCCUUCCUUUUGUUUCUUCCUCCCUUACUUUAUUUCUUUAUAUGGCAAACAAGAACAAUGUAUGGCAAACAAGAACAAUGUAAUUUGU